AUGCAAACUAUAAAUAAUACUGACGAUUCAAAUGAGUGGACUAAUUGGAUUGAAGAAGCUAUAUAUAAUAAACUUAUUAAAUAUUUUGAUUUUAAACAUUUUAACAACGUUCAAGAAAUUGGUUCCGGUAGUUUCGGCAAAGUUUUUCGUGCAAAUUGGAAAAAUUUCAGUGGACGUUUUGCAUUAAAAUCUUUUUAUAAUUUAAAUAAAGUUACGAUUAAAGAAAUUGUUCAUGAGAUACAACUUCAACAUCAAGUCGAUUUUCAUGAGAACAUUAUUCGCUUUUAUGGCGUUGCAGGAAUCGAUUCAAAGGAUUUUUAUUUGGUGAUGGAGUGUGCAGAUAGUAGUACUCUUCGAAAUUAUUUAAAAGAAAAUUUUGAAAAUCUCACUUGGAACGAUAAAUUAAAUCUAGCAUUUCAAUUAGUUCAUGUUAUAUCAUGUUUACAUAAUGAAGGAAUCGUACAUCGUGAUUUGAAUUCCAAUAAUAUAUUAGUUCAUCAAAAUACCAUCAAACUAGCAGAUCUUGGCCUGUCAAAAAGAAUUACAGAAGCGUCAAAUUUUCGAUCAAAAUUAUCAGGAAUGAUUCCUUACAUUGAUCCAAAGAGUUUUAUUAGACAAAGAGAUGAACACAAUCAAAUAGAAAUGUAUUUAUCAAAUGAAAAAAGUGAUGUUUAUAGUGUGGGUGUGUUACUAUGGGAAAUAACCAGCGGUCAUCCCCCUUUCAAAAAUGAACCAUAUGAUAUUGGUUUAGCCGUAGAAAUUUCAAUGGGUCGUAGAGAAAUUCCUGUUUUUGAAACAUCCAAAAAUUAUGUAAAAAUUUAUACUGAUUGUUGGAAUAGCGAACCAGAUGAUCGUCCAAAUAUGAAUGAGGUUGCUAAGAAAUUGAAAUCAUUAAAAGAUCAAAUUUUGGAUGAAGUGAUUUCAUCAGAAAAAAAUAAAUUUAUCAUGGUGGUUAAUGAGAUAGUUGAUUUACUUACGAAGAAAAAAAAAGGGUACGAAGAAAAACUAAGUAUUAUUGAUUAUUUAAAUAAUAAUAAGAUAACUUCGCAAGAAAUUUAUAAUUGGUUAUUAAAUAACCAAAAUAAUUCAAAUUCAAAUUCUAUAGUUUUACUUGGAGAAUUUAAUUAUUUAGGAAUUGAAACAAAUAUUAAUGAACAAAAAGCGCUUGAAUUAUAUCGAAAUGCUGCACAUUUAGAAAAUAUGUUUGGAAUAAAUAAUUUAGGAUAUUGUUAUCAACAUGGAAUUGGAACUAAAAUUAAUAAAAAAAGGGCAUUUACACUUUAUGAAAAAGCUGCAGGUUUAGGAAAUAUUAUUACAGCUCAAAAUAAUCUUGCUUUUAUGUAUGAAAAUGGAGAAGGAAUUGUAAAAAAUAUUGAUCAAGCAAUUUAUUGGUAUAAAAAAUCUGCUGAACAAGGAGAUCAAGAUGCUAGAAAUAAAUUAGAAGAACUUUUUCCAAAUGAUGAAUCUUUUGAAGAAACUGAUCGUAAGCGAAGAUAUUAUGAUGAGAAUGUGCAAAAGAACAAUAAAAAAUCUAAAAAACGUCAUCAUCAUUAUAAGGCGAUAUUCACAAAUUCAUCCAUUAAGUCCGGAGAAGGUAUCAAAGAUAAUGAUGAUUCGUUAAAUGAUUAA